GCUGUCGGCGGGACUUCCGUGUUGGCGGGAUUCUGAACGCUGCCAUGGCUCAGACCGUGCAGAACGUUACAUUGUCCCUCACUCUGCCCAUCACGUGCCACAUUUGCUUGGGGAAGGUACGUCAGCCUGUCGUAUGCACCAACAACCAUGUGUUUUGUUCCAUUUGCAUCGACUUGUGGUUGAAGAAUAACAGCCAGUGUCCAGCCUGCAGAGUCCCGAUCACUCCUGAAAACCCUUGCAAAGAGAUUAUUGGAGGAACGAGUGAGAGUGAGCCCAUGCUGAGCCAUACCGUCAGGAAGCACCUGCGGAAAACCAGACUGGAGCUACUGCACAGAGAGUAUGAGGAUGAAAUAGAUUGUUUGCAGAAGGAGGUAGAAGAACUUAAAAGUAAAAAUCUCAGCUUGGAGUCACAGAUCAAGACCAUUCUGGACCCUUUAGCGUUGAUGCAGGGCAGUCAAAACGAAGACAAACAUCCACUGGCCGAUAAUCCAAGUAAAAUUGACCCAGAAUCAGUAGUAGAGUGGAAGAAAAAGCUGAGAACAGCUAAUGAAAUAUAUGAAAAAGUAAAAGAUGAUGUGGAUAAGUUAAAAGAGGCAAAUAAAAAAUUGAAGUUGGAAAACGGUGGCCUGCUGAGGGAGAAUUUACGGCUGAAGGCUGAAGUGGACAACAGAUCUCCUCAAAAGUUUGGAAGGUUUACAGUUGCUGCUCUUCAGUCCAAAGUAGAACAGUAUGAACGUGAAACCAAUCGCCUCAAGAAAGCUCUGGAACGAAGUGAUAAAUAUAUAGAGGAGCUAGAGUCUCAAGUAGCACACCUCAAACACUCAGAGGAGGCCAAGGAAGACGUGGAUGCCCUGCGCCAGAGGGCACCCUCUGCAAAUUGCAAGGGGCCCAAUGGCAGUGAUGAGCUUGGACCACCAAAGAAUCAGAGUGACAGUGCCAGAAAGCAGGCUGGCUCGGCCAGUGCUUCUCACCUGGCCACACCUUCUAGCAGCAGACUAGCUGACUCCAGUUCUGUCAGACAGGAGAGCACCAGCAGGACUGAACCAAACUGUCCCCAAAACAAAGACAGAUACCCCAAGCCCACAGAACCUCGGCUGGGUGCAAGAGAGACUCCGAUGGACACUUAUUUGGAAAGAGAGUGGGGCAGCAAGCCAAGCGACUGUGCACCUUACAAAGAGGACGAGCUUUAUGGCCUCCCAGCUUCCUGCACUCCCUUGUCACUUAGCUGCCUUCAGCUGAACACUCCAGAAAACAGAGAGAACCCUGUGAUCAAAGCAGGGAGCUCCAAAAAGCAUGCAAACCAUCUCAGAAAACUGGUAUUUGAUGAUUUCUGUGAUUCUCCAAAUGCCUGUAAUAACAAUUCUUCAGAGGAUGAUAGAAGGGAAAAUGAAAAGAAAUCAGACUGCUUUGCUUCCUCAAAGACAGGAUUUUGGGAUUGUUGCUCCACAAGCUAUGCCCAGAGCUUGGAAUUUGACGGUUCAGAGGGAAACGCAAUAGCAAACUCUGUUGGGGAGAUACCUUCAAAAUUGAGUGAGAAGUCAGGAUCAUGCUUGUCCAAGAGACUCAGCUGUAUCCGCUCCCUCGAAAUGAAUCGAACAAGAACAUCCAGUGAGGCGUCCAUGGAUGCUGCUUAUCUCGACAAAAUCUCUGAGCUGGACUCCAUGAUGUCAGAGUCUGACAACAGCAAGAGCCCUUGUAAUAAUGGUUUUAAAUCGGUGGAGGUGGAGGGGCCCUCAAAGUCACCUCAAGGCAGGGAGUUUCUCGAGGAACCCGACAAGUUACAAGAAGGGAGUAAAUUGAACCUUUCCAAACCUGCUCUCACAGCUGACGGGUUAGAGAGUGGGGGUGAGUGGAAACCCAGCUCUUUUUUUCUCCUUUCUCCAGCUGACCACGAGAUGAGUGAAGAUUUUUCUCUCCACUCCACUUCUCAUUCAGGAACUAGUGAGGUCAAACCCCAAAACUGUUUGUUUCAGACAGAGUUUUCCCAGGGUGUUCUGUUAAGCAGUUCCCAAGGAUUAUUUGAGGAUCAGAGGUUUGGAUCGUCUUUAUUUAAGAUGUCCUCAGAGAUGCAGAGCCUUCACAGCCCUCUUCAGUCUCCGUGGUCUGCUGCCUUUGUGCCUGAAAAGAGGAGCAAGAAUGGGAACCAGUCAACCAAGAGAAAGAUACAGAGCAGCCUUGCCAAUGCCAGCCCUUCCAAAGCCACCAAAAGCUGACUCACCGGGGGAUAGCCUUGCAAGGGGUGGGGGUGUUUUCAGUGUUACUGUAGUCACUUCAUGAAGGUUCUAUACAAUCCUGAACUGAUAAUUUCAGUCAAGUGUCAAGUCAGAAUGGUGGGUCAUCUAUCUCCAGGGUACUGCAUCUUGAAGAAACUGGUCUAUCACUCUCAUUUGGUCAUCUUUUUAACCAGAGAGCUUAGGGAGACGAUCGGAUUUGUCUCUGUGUUGUUUGUUCUGCUUUUAAGGAAUGUUGUGUGUAUCUGGAUUGGCUCCAUAUUGCUCUCUCAGAUCUGGCUUGUUAGGAAUGGUGGCCUGUUAAGGCUCAACUGCCUUCAGAACUUGUGUUUCUUAGAACAUUUGGUUUUGUCUGUUCUGUUCUUUAAAGCUUUUCCUAGAAUGGAAAUGUGUAUUCCUCAUUUUAUUUGUGUUUAAUGCUGGCCUAACUAUUACCAAGGCCAUGCUGGAGAAACGGCACUCCGAUCUUAGAGGAUUCACUGACGGUUUCUUGGGUUUUAUAUAGAUGUUUACAAUUUGUUAUAUUGUGUUCUGUCCAUUUUGUAUGCCUGUGCGGUGCAUGUGUGCGUGUGUGUGUGUGUGUGUGUGUGUGUGUGUGUGUGUGUGUGUGAACUAGUAUGAAAGAACACAUUGUUUGUAUGAAAAGACUUUCAGGUCGUUUAUAUUUGCAUAUUUUUGAACAUGUGUAUGGGUGUAAAGUUAGAAUCAUUAUGUGUUGGAAGGCAGGCACAUCAGCUGGGUUUGGAGGAACUUAAACAUCCUAGCUUUUUUUUGUUUUUUUUUUUUGUUUUUUUUUUUGUUUUUUUCCCAAAAUGUGUAGGUAGACAGGCCAUCUGUGUCGCAGGGAGCCUUUUUGUGUAGUGAAGUUCUUGUUUGCAUGUUACUCUCUCUGUGGCAACCGUAAGCAUGGGAGCCUUUUCGCUUGCUCCAUUCUCCAACCAGAGGGAAAAACCCUCUUACUGGCUGGUGAAUGUCUAUUAUGUAGGACAUUUUUUUAAAAUGAGAAGUAACAGGUGUGAAUGGGGCAAUGUGAGCGUGAAGCACAACUGUUAGUGUAGGAUUUAAAAGUACGUUAUUUUAAACAUGUUUGGUAUGCCAACAUAGUCUAUAAAAAUGUCUGUAUGCUAAUAACUCGCUUAUCUAAUGUGUGCUGAACAUUUUACAUGUAUUGUUUUACCUUAGCACUGCAUGCUUUUUUAUGUGAAUUAAAUAAAGAAUGUCAUAUACA